GCAGGUAGUUUACAUGUUAACGUCAGAGAAGACCUUUGAACAAGAAGCCCCCCCCCUCUGCAUUUUGACCCAAAACAAAAAGCUAAACCGCAGGGAGACGAAUCGUGUCUUAAGACAACAUCAAGGGUGGGGUAUUUACCUGGGAAAGCUAGUGUUUGACGAAUUAUGGAUGAAUGCCGGUGAUUCUCGGAGAAAUCCUCUGUCAAAUUGUCCACCCUGAAUACCCCAUGCAGAUGCUCCUGUUGUCUGUCAAACACAAGCAGAAACAUUACUUUCCAAAAAUGGAAAGUUAUCUUGGUCCCGCUCCCCACGUGAAAAAUAGGACAUCUUCAGAGGAUGAGGAGUGUUUUGAAAUGUGUGCUCUUUGUUCCCAUCACACUCUGUGCGAUCUACUUAAUACCUCCAUCUGUAAAACUUUUAACAGGCUUCAUGCCUAUGGAGAAAUGCCAUUUGGAAAGUGCAAAGAUGUUAAAUCUGGACAGCAGUGUGGACGCCAGCCUCAACCUCCAGUCCAGACCUGACGUGCUAACCUGUACAUAUUGGAAAGCUGCCAUCAUCUGGGAAGGGAUGUUUGACCCCCGCCUCUAUGACGAGAUGCACAAGAUGAAAGGAUCCUCUGUGGCUCUAACAGUCUUUGCUGUGGGCAGAUACCUUGAUGCUUACCUACACACAUUCCUGAACUCAUCCGAGCAACACUUUAUGGUGGGUUUGCCCGUGACCUACUACGUGUUUACGGACAUGCCAGAGAAGGUGCCUAACAUCAAGUUGUCUCCUCUGAGAAGCAUGAAGGUGAUCAAAGUGGAGAAGAACUCCAGGUGGCAGGACGUCUCUAUGAUGCGAAUGAAGACCAUAUCAGAUGUGAUAGAGUCUGAUAUUCGCCACCACUGCACGCACGUCUUCUGCUUUGAUGUGGAUCAGGUAUUUACUGGGAGAUUUGGAUCAGAGGCUCUUGGGGAUUCAGUGGCUCUGCUCCACGCCCACUACUACCGCCUUCCAAAGCAUUUGUACACCUACGACCGCAACCCAAACUCGAAGGCGUACAUGGAAACUGGGGAUUUUUACUACCACGCUGCCAUCUUCGGAGGCUCGUGGAAGAAUGUGAAAGCGUUGACCGAGGCCUGCUAUCAGGGCAUCAUGGAAGACAAACGGAACAAUGUGGAGGCUCUGUGGCACGAUGAGAGCCAUCUGAACAAGUACAUGCUGCUCCACAAACCCAGCAAGGUUCUCUCUCCAGAGUACUGCUGGGAUACCAGCAUCGGUUUCAGGAGGGACAUACAAGUCACCCGAUUACUGUGGGCACCAAAAUAUUAUGACACACUUCGCACACCUUAAAAACUUGACAAAUGCUAACAAAUGUAAUGUCUCAGGUUCUCGUGCUCCCUGGCUCCAUUUUGUUCUCUCAGGAAUUAAUUUGCAGAUCUGCAAGUAUUUUCAUAAUGGAGGGACAACUUCUUAUAUAAAUACACUCUUGUCUUUUAUCCGGAUAUCAAAUGUUUUUGUUGCAUUUUUUUUCAGAUGUAUAUAAGUCAACUUUUUACAUGUUUGAUCAAACUGUCUGCACUUGUUGAUCCAUCUUAUUUAUUUGUAUGUCACUUUGCCAAAUGUAUCUCUGUUUUUAACUGAUACUUAUUGACACUCAAAUUUUGUCGCAGUUUUUAUAAAUCUCAAUAAAGUUAAAAGUUAAAGCC